CCGCCCUGCUCAACACCCCCGCCUCAACCUGAGCGACUCCGCUCGUACAUGACUUUCACGCAAAACACUCGCGACGAUUACCUCAGCGACCUCGUAUUCUCUCUGCUCAGUCAUUAAGUUUGACUUCGACAACAUGUUGGCCCGUAACUUCACUCGUAUUGCUCGUCUCUCUCGGGGCUUUGCUUCCCAUGCGCCAUCUACCUCGCUGCCCGCCGCGCUUCACUUGAAGACAGGCCAAUCGUUCACUGGCCGCUCCUUCGGUGCGCCGCGUAGCAUCUACGGAGAAACCGUGUUCUCCACAUCUAUCACCUCUUACACGGAAUCUAUGACCGAUCCCUCCUACCGUGGUCAAAUCCUCGUGUUCACCACCCCUCUCAUUGGGAACUACGGCGUGCCGUUGAACAAGACGCCCAUCGACGACAAGGACGUCGGUGUCGUGCUUGAGUCGGAAAAAAUACAGUGCUCAGCUGUGGUCGUAGCCGAUGUCGCGGAGAAGUAUUCCCAUCACAGCGCUGUGGAGUCUCUCUCCUCCUGGUGCAAUCGCAAUGGCGUCCCCGGCAUCACCGGUGUCGACACUCGCGCCAUCACUACUCUCCUUCGUGACCAAGGCACCACCCUUGGCCGCCUCGCUGUCGGCCCCGACGCGUCUCUUGCUCCUCCCUCCGCUGAGGAAUACUGGGAUCCGACCACCGAGAACCUCGUCGCCCAGGCCUCUACCAAGGCCCCCUUCGAGCUCAACCCCACCGGUGACGUGAAGAUUGCCGUCCUCGACUUUGGUGCCAAGGCAAACAUCCUCCGUGCACUCGUGCGUCGUGGUGCUGCCGUCACCGUCCUGCCGUGGAACUACGACUUCAACCAAAUUCGUGACCGCUACGACGGGCUCUUCCUGAGCAACGGUCCCGGCGACCCGAACCACUGCAUGGACGCCGCGAUGCACCUGCGCCGGACGAUGCAGGAGUGGGACAAGCCCAUCUUCGGCAUCUGCAUGGGCCACCAGGUCAUCGGGAUGGCCGCAGGGAUGGAGGCGUACCGCAUGAUGUUCGGCAAUCGCGGGCACAACCAGCCCGUGCUUGCGCUGGCGUCGGCGGGCUCUAUCAAGGCCGGCCGUGUCUACGUCACGAGCCAGAACCACCAGUACGCGCUGAAGCUUGAGGACCCCUUCCCUGCUGGGUGGGAGCCGUUCUUCAUCAACUGCAACGACUCGUCGGUCGAAGGCAUCAAGUCUACCGCCGAGUCGGGCAAGAAGGUGUGGGGUGUGCAGUUCCACCCGGAGAGUGCCGGUGGCCCGCUCGACACCAUCGAGAUGUUCACGGACUUCCUCUCCGAGUGCCGCGCGCACAAGCUGCAGCUGAACAUUCCCCGUGCGCAACCCAUGGAUGCUGCCAAGGUCGUUCCAGGUCUCGCGCAUGAGAUCCCUCAGCGAGUAGCCGUCGCGGCCUGAGGAGGCGGUUGGGAUGUGGAUAUGGAAAUUACCUGGACAAUCGUAAAACUGCUUCAUGCUCGUAACCACAUAUUGUACUCUAGAUCCAAAGUUUGUGCAACAAGCCGUUUUGUUUCAUUUUGUUUGCGCCGCCGCACGUUCCUGAAAGACGAUGAUGGUUC